AACAUAUGUAAGACAAACGAACGAGCGAAAAAUUAGUCACUCGUCGUCGAUUUUUCGCACACAACUGUUCUAAAGCAGCGGUAAAUUGGUAAUUAACAAAUUCUUCGCUACUAUUACAAAUUUGUGAUAUUAACCAGUCGGAAUCAAAGCCCACGGCUGCCGUUGAGCAUUUGGAAAGGAUUUGUGAACGCCUGGAAACGCUAGUAGAUCGCCUGGAGCAUACGCUUAUAGCGCCGCAGCCAGCUGAGGCAUACACAAAGUCAGAGCCAGAGCCCGCACCACCCGCACCACCCACACCACCUUUACCAAGCCAAACAGCAUCAGUUGCAACUGCAUCAGCGCCCAGCAGCAAUAGAAUGAGUGUCGCCGGCUUUGAGGAUAUUAUGGCCGGGCCGCUGAGCCAGUAUCUGGCGCUGUCGGCCAAAAUUGGCGGCGAUGUGGCCCAGCAUGCCCAGUUCGUCAAGGCAGCCUUCGACGCCCAAUUGCGUUACGUGACGCUGGCCACGCAGAUCGCGCAGCCGGCUCAGCCCAAGCAAGUGGAACUGUUGCAGCCAACAUCGACGCAAAUCAGCGCCAUUCAGGAUUUCCGUGAGAAGCAUCGCUCGUCCGCUUUCUUCAAUCAUUUGUCGGCCAUCAGUGAAAGUAUACCCGCCCUGGGCUGGGUGUGUGUAUCGCCGACACCCGGACCGCACGUCAAGGAGAUGAACGAUGCGGGCCAGUUCUAUACGAAUCGUGUGCUCAAGGAGUGGAAGGAGAAGGACUCCAAGCACGUGGAAUGGGCACGCGCCUGGAUCCAAACGCUAACCGAACUACAGGCAUACAUUAAGCAGUAUCAUACCACGGGCCUUGUUUGGUCUGGCAAGGGCGCGGCACCAGCCGGUAAAGCUCCACCACCGCCACCACCUGGCGGUAUGCCACCACCACCACCGCCACUAGAUCUGAGUGCUCUGAAGCUGGACAGCUCAGCCGAUGAGCGCAGCGCGCUCUUUGCGCAAAUCAAUCAGGGCGCCGACAUUACCAAGAAUUUGAAGAAGGUAACCGGCGACAUGCAAACCCACAAGAAUCCAUCGUUGCGCACUGGCCCCGCGCCCUUCAAGACACCCGCCGGCAGCAGCGGAAGCACAGGUGGUCGUGCCAAUGCGCCCGCCAAGGAGCCCGUCUUUACGCUAGAUGGCAAAAAGUGGCUAAUUGAGUAUCAGAAGAACAAUACGGGCUUGCGUGUGGAGAAUGCCGAGCUGAGCAAUGUGGUGUAUAUGUACCGCUGCGAGGGCUCCACUCUCACCGUCAGGGGCAAGGUGAACAACAUUGUGAUGGAUUCGUGUAAAAAAUGUUCGCUGCUGUUCGAUUCGGUUUUGUCCUCCAUUGAGUUUGUCAACUGCCAGAACAUUCAGAUGCAGGUGUUGGGCUCGGUGCCAACUAUUUCCAUUGACAAGAGCGAGGGCUGUCAAAUGUAUUUGUCCAAGGAUUCGUUGGGCGUGGAAAUCAUCAGCUCCAAGUCAUCGGAGAUGAAUGUGCUCCUGCCAGAGGAGAAUGGUGACUAUGUCGAACUGGCUUUGCCGGAGCAAUACAAGACCUUCAUCAAUGGCAAAUCCCUCAAGACUGUGUGCUUGGACAGCCUGGGUUAAUGCCGGCGUCUCAUCGGGAAUCCCAAGGGCGUCGUUGAUUGCUUUUGAAAGAAAAAAUAGAAACAUAACAAAAAAUAUCCACCCCAAAAGCAGACCGCAUUCAACUAAUUGAACUGGUUGCAGCAAAGCUAAAAUAAUCUAAUUUUAAGCGCAGAGUUUUCGUGUUUAUGUGUAUUUAUCAUUUUUGUAAUGUACGAGAAUUUAGAAAAUGGUUGCCAAAUUUCUGCUGCGUGCGCUUGGGGAAAAAGUAUUCACAUCAUUUUUGCAUGAAAACAAAAAACAAGAGCAAAACAUAUAUACAUAUAUAUUUAUUUGAUAAUGCAAGAAGCAAUGCAACGUGACCCGAACGAGAAUCCAAUUUGUAUUAAUAUAUAUAAAAUUAAUGAAAAUAAUGCACGAAACUUUGUCAACA